AUGUUCAAACGCCAAUCUGACCCUAACCCUCCAUCCAUCCAUCCAUCCAUCCAUCCAUGCAUGCAUCCAUCCAUCCAUCCAUCCAUCCAUCCAUCCAUCCAUCCAUCCAUCCAUGCAUCCAUCCAUGCAUCCAUCCAUCCAUCCAUGCAUCUAUCUAUGCAUCCAUCCAUCCAUGCAUCCAUCCAUGCAUCCAUCCAUGCAUCCAUCCAUUUAUCCAUCCAUGCAUCCAUCCAUCCAUGCAUCCAUCCAUCCAUCCAUGCAUGCAUCCAUCCAUCCAUCCAUGCAUCCAUCCAUCCAUCCAUCCAUGCAUCCAUCCAUCCAUUCAUGCAUCCAUCCAACCAUGCAUCUAUCUAUGCAUCCAUCCAUCCAUGCAUCCAUCCAUGCAUCCAUCCAUCCAUGCAUCCAUCCCAUCCAUGCAUCCAACCAUGCAUCUAUCUAUGCAUCCAACCUUUCUCCAUCCAUCCAUCCAUCCAUCCAUGCAUCCAUCCAUCCAUCCAUGCAUCCAUCCAUCCAUGCAUCCAUCCAUCCAUCCAUGCAUCCAUCCAUCCAUCCAUCCAUGCAUCCAUCCAUGCAUCCAUCCAUCCAUCCAUCCAACCAUGCAUCUAUCUAUGCAUCCAUCCAUCCAUGCAUCCAUCCAUGCAUCCAUCCAUCCAUGCAUCCAACCAUGCAUCUAUCUAUGCAUCCAACCUUUCAUCCAUCCAUCCAAUCCCGCAGAUUCAGGGGCUUCACAACACCGCGCUGGCUCCGCUGAUUGAAAACAAUCCACCUGGGAGUCAGACUCACAUCUGCAGCGGGGAGGAGGGCGGAGGAGAGGCAGGAAUAAUGUUGGGUCAACAUUCGCAGGAGGCCCGCUCCAACCGGCUGGAGUCCUGCAGAAGCCAAGCUGCUGCUCGGCAUGGCACCAGGGAGUGGAACCAGAACACGGCCACCGGGUUCUGGUUCUGGUGGUGA